AUGUCCCAAAGUAAUAACACCAAGAGAAAAGUAGCAUACACUAAAAGACCAUCCUCUCAAGAAGGUGGUGAAUCAUCAUACAAUGUAGGCAUUUCGAAGCAAGAAAUCGAAAAGAGAGUCAAACACAUCAGCGAAAUGUUCUCAGAUUGGAAAAAAGCCGAUAUCGAAAGAUGUCUCCAAGAGAAUAACUAUGAUGUGAAUCUUGUUGUACAAAUGAAGGUCGAAGGAAAAGAAGAUUGGACAACCGUAGAGAAGAAAGAAACUAGAACACAAAAGCCACAAAAAGGAAGAGGCGGACGUGGUGGUCGUGGAGGUUCUACUCGUGGUGCUUCUUCUCAAAAUAAUCAGCACGAUGGCUCUUCUUCUGCAAGAUCUAACAACUCACAACACCCAUCAGGAGGUUCUACUUCUUUGAAUGAUAAAACAAACAAGAAAAAACCAACUAAGCAAGACAAAGUAACUUCUUCUGAAGUGCGUACAUUCUCUACUCCUGAAAACCAAACAACAACAACAACCGAACAAACACAAGCACCAACACAACAUAAGCUUUCAUACAGUGAAGCUGCUGCUGCAAGUAAAAGAAAGGAAGAAGAAGACAAGAAGAGACAAGAAGAGGAACAAAAGAAACUUGAAGAGCAAGCUAAAGCCCAAAAAGAGGAAUUGAAGAGUGAACGAAUUCAACGAAAGAAGAAUAAGAAGACAAAGGCACCAAAGGAUGAUGCUAGAGAAGAACCUUCUGCUCCAGUGGUACAAGAACAGCCACAACAACCACAACAAGUCGUUGAAGAAUCAGUUGUAGAGGAGGAAGUACCAGAAGAAGAGUUAACCCAUGAAGAAGCUGAACAACAUCAUGUCGAAGAGACUCACCAUCAUCAACCACAACAACCAACAGCAACCACAACAGCAACAUCAUCAGCAACCACAAGCUCAUAUUCAACCUUCCCAACCAAUUCAACAACCUGUUCAAACACCUCAAAACUUCCAAUCCAACUUUGA